ACAUACCAGAAAAGGCAGCGCUUGAAGAGAAAGGCAGAGUUUAAGAGUUUGUGGAUACAAAACCAAAAUGAACAAAACAAACUUGUUGGAUUUUUUUAUCUUUGGGAUGGUUUCCAUUCUUAUAACAGGCUCCAGAUGUGAGGCGAUACACAGUGAAGUAUUUGCUGCAGAAGGCUCGGAUGUUGUACUACCCUGUAAAUACCCUGCAAUACUGAUCAGCAGUCCACCUGCGAUUGUCUGGAGUCAUAAGGAGAAAGGCACUAUUUGGAGGAAGGAACGGAGCGGUCUGGAAUACCGCGGCUCUCGAUGGUCCCAACGUGUGCAGUGCCCCCACCUCCAGCUUGAUAGUGGCACAUUCAGCAUUCAGAUAAACAACGUGACAGAGGACGAUGUUGGACUUUAUUCCUGUAAAGUGGACCUUAGAAACCAAAUGAUUGAAAAGCAGGUCAUGCUCAGACUUAUUAAAGUGUCCUUUUCUCCACCGGCUCCCCUCUCUGGAAGCAACACUCAACUGUCUUGUGCUUUGAAACCUUGGCGUCAUGGCGUCUCUGUGGAGUGGAUGUUAAACAACAAUCCAUAUUUGCCUCAGGCUAAAACCGGCUUGCACGGCGACAAAGUUUCAAGGGUUUUAAGAGUCACCGAGAAAGAGAGCGGAACCUGGACCUGCGUCGUGACGUACAAAGGAGAAAAGGGCCAAGCUUCAGCAGCUCUGGAUGUGAAAGGAAUCAUCCAACCACCCAAAGAUAACGCCAAGGUUUACGCUACUGUGGGGUCUCCGGUCACUCUCCCCUGUGUGUUUUCCUCUGGUUUAAGAACUUUGAGCGCAGGCUGGGAGAAAAUCAAUCCUGUGUCUCCAUCCACCCGCGAUCUCCAACUGCUUUCUUUGGCUUCGUCCUCACCUGAUCGGCUCCGCUGGGAUAGGUCUAUCCGUAUUAAUGAGGUCACAUACGAGGACGAAGGAAAGUACAGCUGUAGUGGGAAUGUAGGACAGCAAAGGCUGACUCGGACUUUGCAGCUCGUUGUUGCUAAAAUCGUCCGCUUAAAGCAAAAAUACUCAACGGAGCUGACCUGCCAGCUGAGCGAUGCAAGCGAGGUCACCGAAUACGAGUGGGCUCAUGUGACCUACGAUGAAAAUGGCACCGCGGUUGUGGGGUCCAUCCAGAAGGGAAAGGAUAUAAUCAUUACCGACGGGUCAGAGGAGAGCUGGGGCGAAUGGACAUGUAGUUUCUAUGGGCAAGAUGGCCUUUUGGGGAAUGUGACAUACAAUACUCAUCUGAUGAGUGGUCUGAGCGGACAGAAAUCCUCAAGCGCAUCAAAUAACACCGCCACAGUGGUCGGCCUCAGCUUUCUCCUCAUUGUUCUGCUCCUCAUUGUGGCUCAGAUGUACAAGAACCACCAAAGGAGGAAAAGGAUCUUUCAGUAUCCCGCCCUGGAGACCAUUGUUCAUACCAUCUCCAACGAGCGGGAGGAGAGAGAAAGGAACCGGGAGAAAAUCUAAGGACACAUAAAAUUCGAGGCUUCGCUGGAAGAAUUUCAGAGCACUAAAUUGAAGCAAAAUCUCUUGCCGCCUGCAAUAUGUUGAGAGACUCUUGUUUACACAGAUUUUGUAAAUAUUUUCAGAGCAGAUACUGUAGCAAUGCUGUUUCAUUCGAACAAAAAUGAAAUGCACUAUAUCCUGUGUUUCAGCUGUGCAUGUUUUAAACUGUUGUAUGUGUGACGAUUUACAUUUGCUUUUAAAUGACAAACUGAGAACAAACUGCUUGACAAAUAAAGAGCAUUUAACAGAAAUACAUCGAUUUUUGUUUAUUACACGUAUGCACAGUCGAAUUAUUGUUGGUCAGUGGCAGAGAACUAUUGGUGCUCGUAUAAAUAAAAUACACAGCAACUUAGAAAAUAAGUUUCAGUAUUUAC